AUGGAUCGCCGUAAGCGUGCUUCUCUGGCUUGCAACCAUUGUCGGAAGAGAAAACGCCGCUGCAAUGGCGGGAUCCCUUCGUGUGCCCUCUGUGAGGGCUCAGGUGUGGAGUGCGUCUACAAUGAAGUUGAGUCAUCAAAAGCAAGAGGAGAAACCUCGUCAUCGCAGUUCUUUGGACGUCUUGAUGCAAUUGAGAAUUUCCUGUGGAAUCAACCUCGUCUCCCUGCAACACCCCAAACUAGCGAAUCAAGAAACAAUGGCUUCAGCUUUCCUUCGGUGACUUCCGAACACAACCGGACUGAAUUUUCUCAGUCUUCAAUAAUGAUAUCCUCUCCAUCCAGGGCAAAUCCCGAUAUUUCGCGACUGAUCGGUACUAACCAGCCUUCGUUUAUGCCACCUGAACAUGACAUUCCGCCCAUGAGCAUUCCUAUUGGACACACAACGACAACAGAGUAUAUGCUGCAUAUGAAUAAGAUGAAGGCUUUAUUCGGAGAAUUCCCACCAGACCUGUUCAUACGCGCAGAGUCAAACCGAGAGAUCCCCUAUCAACUUUCCUUUGUUCCAGGCACCAUUACUGAGAGCCAGCUGCCGGUACUGGAUGAGCUGAGCUCUUACGCUCUAGUGGAAGCAUACUUCAGACAUGUACAUGUUGAAAUGCCAAUCCUUGACAAGCCAGAAUUUAUGGAUCUUUAUCACCACCAUGUUCGAGCUGGGCUCAAGGUUGAUUGUGAUUCUGCCCUUUGUCUUGCAGUGCUGGCUUUGGGAUCUGCGGCGCUUGAACAGGUAGAUCCAGCAAAGUCCAGGUCUCCUCGAUGGGUGCCCGGAGCAACUUUCAUCUCGCCCGCACUGCAGAUAUUGAUGAAUGAAUACUUGCUUUCAUUUUGCCCUACAAUCACUCUUCCUCAAAGCUUGAUACUGGUCUCAAAAUACUUCGGAUUUCUUUUGCGCCCACUACAGUCGUGGAAGUUAAUCCACAUGGCUUCUACUAGUAUCCAAUAUCUCAAUAGCCGGUAUGUUUCCCUUCCUGCUCUGUUAAUUUACUACGCUAACCGGUUUAUCACCACCGAAAGUAGCCAGGCUUCGCCAGAUAAUCUCGGACUCAAGUCCAGCAUCAUUCUACUAUCUUGGGCAGCAUUUGAUACCGAGUGCGAUCUGAUAGCAGAGCAUCAUUUACCACGAAGUGGCAUUGAACAUGUCAUUGAUCUGACCCCUUUCCCAAGCUUUGCGAAUCAAGAAACUGAAGACACACAUCUAUUUCUCGCUGAGCUUUCCGUUCGUCGCUUGCUGAACCGAGUACACCACACCAUGUAUGGAAGUGAUUGGACGAGACGCAGCCUCGGUCUCCAGCCUGCAUCUAGUGACAGUCCACCGUAUGACUUUCAAUCCUUAUCCAACAUCCUGAGUGUCUCUCAGGAACUUGACCGCCAACUGAAUAAUUGGUUUGACCUGCUGCCGCGAAAUAUCAAACCCGACAUGAAUGACCCAUCGCGAUGCAGUGGUCUUCAGCUCAAUAUGCUGCACCGCUUCCACUCCGCCAAAGAUAUCAUUACGAGACCAUUCCUACUUUGCGCUAUUGACUGCUCUCCAGAAAAUGAUCUUCCUCCAAUGGUACUCAAGCAAUGUGAGGCUAGCUUAGCCAAUUGCCGAACAUACCUAGAUGCUUCCACCCGAAGGUUGAUGAACCCAUCAGUCUGUGCAGAAAUCAUCAUCCAUACAAUGUUUUCCUCCAUUCUUCUCCUUACUUUGGGUUCUCUGUCGCCAGCUUUGGCGCACCUUGUCCCCGAUAUCAAUAUUUUACAAAAGCAAACGAUAAGCACGCUAGAUCGAUUUGCUGUGGAGGGCUCUUCGAUUGAAGAAAUUCAUGGGGUAAUUGUUUUAUUGCAUAGCAAGACGAGAGUACUCAAACGAGCCAUGUAG